GGCGGACCCAACAAUGAGAGUGAUGUACUGAGUCACGCUGGCAUACUGGCAGUGUAAACGAACACACCUCGAAAAAGAGGACUUCAUAAAUAAUCUGUACAUCUCGUCAAUCCACAGAAUGUAUACUCGCUAGUCUGGACAUGGAGAUCAGGCGAUGACGUCAAAUUUUAUAAUUUAGAAUAUAUUUUACAACAACAACAACAGCAGGUAAAAUGGAUAAAGACACUAUCAUGAUAGUUAUUAUUACGGUGGCCUGUAUAGUGGUCUUCGUUAUAUUGGUCGUAUUUCUCGUCGUGGCAUGGCAUGUAAUUAAACGAAGACAAAAAAAGGCAAGGAACAAAGAAGUUGACGAAAUUCAGCAUGUGACGGACGUGGACGAGGUAGACGCUGUCAUCAGAGCAGAAGUCGGAAAACACGAACACACUAUAACUUCAAACCCAGCGUACGGUAAAGAAGAUCUCGUAGAAGCUGAGAACGGCUUGCCAUCGGUGCCCGUUGACCUCGCCAGAGAAUUUGACGGUGAUUUUGAAGAAGGCAAAGAGGUGUCUGAGACUGGUUCGAACUACUCAUUCACACCGGAAAACUUAGAAGAUGGCUAUAAAAAUAAGCUAUCAAUUUUGGACAAAAACACGUGGGGAGGUGUACACAUGAAUACGUCAGAAGCAGACGCAGAAUUUGAUUUUAAUAUGUUCCACCCUAUACGUGGGAUUCACUCUAAAUCGGACGGUAACCUACACAACUCGUCGCUGCAGCGUGGACAUCAUAAUGUGGCGGAUCUUUACGAAGCCGGACAAGCGCUCACCGUGAACGGAGGUUUUCCCGUUACAAAUCCCUGUCUCAAUAACACUACCGGUUCACGCCUUCUCUGGCAAAAGAAACGGUUCAAAAAUUUUUAGAAAUAAAAACUGAAAUAUAUAUAUUAUUUAUACGUUCAUUUCCGGAUUGAACAAGACUUUUUAAUAUUACAUUACAUAUUAUUAAAAUGGCUUUAGACUAUUUAUAAUAUUAAUAGUGCUAUUACAUUUAACAAUUACAAUUAUAACAAAUGUAAAUAAACUUCCAGAAAUAGAAAAUUCACAUUUUAAAAUACAGACUAUAAGUUCAAAAGUGGUGAUUCAUAUGCUGUGUGUACCUAGUUGUAUCCAUGUUCAUCUCGUCAAUACUGCUUGCUGCCAUGUUUUCUUUGCUUUCUUUGUUCGUUUCCAUAUUAUGAUGCUUCAAAUUUGACCUUUUAUUAACUUUUACCUCAUGUUUCAGGAAAAAAAAAUUGUUGUAUUCAUAAUUUUAUUCAAAAAAAUGUUACUUAAUGUGUAGGGAUAGUGAAUUGUGUUUAUUUGGUAAAAAAUGAAGAAAAACACAUAAAAAAAUGUUUUCGGCGGUAAAUAUUACAGUUUUAUGUAUCUAUGUGUACGUAGACACGUCCGUGAUAUGUUGGAUAAGCUCGUCCGAUUUGCUGACGUAAUAAUGCUGCAGUCUACCUGAUAUCUGAGUAUUUUCCCAGACUCAUUAAUCCUUCCAUUGUAAUGUGUACAUUAUUUGU